ACUGCCAUGGACCUCAUCAUCUCCUCUCUCUUCUCCAGCCUCUUCAAGAAGUAUAUGCACAUUUGGAUGGUUGGAUUGGAUGCUGUGGGCAAGACAACCAUUCUGUAUAAACUGAACUUGGGGAAGAUAGUCACCCCCAUUCCUAACAUUAGUUUUAAUGCGGAAACUGUAUAAGAACUUGUGCUUCAUGGUAUGGGAUGUUGGUGAUCAAGAUAAAAUUAGGCUUAUCUGGAGGCAUUACUUCCAGAAUACCCAGGGCCUUAUUUUUGUGGUAGAUAGAAAUGAUCAUGAAAGAAUUCGGGAGGAAGCAGAAGAGCUGGAGAAAAUGCUUCAGGAAGAUGAGUUGAGAGAUACAGUACUGUUGCUUUUUGCAAACAAACAGGAUUUGCCAAAGGCCAUGGACAUCGGUGAAAUGACAGAUAAAUUAGGUCUUCAGUCUCUUCGUAACAGAACAUGGUAUGUUCAAGCCACCUGUAAUGCACCAGAAACUCGUCUCUAUGAGGGACUUGACUAGCUGUCAAAUGAGCUUUCAAAACAUUAAAUGAAACUGGAUUUCUAACCAAGGAUGUGUUUGAUAGAA